AUGAAGUGGAUAUAUUAUGUAAUCAGUUUAUUUAUAAACCACUUGAUCUGUAUUAACAGUACAAAAUAUCAUGAAGUAAUUGGAAAAAAUUCAGAUGAAUUGAUUAACAGUCAAGAAGAUAAUGAUCAGAAACAUCAAACCGAUCAAGUCACUACAUUGAUUGAACCUGUCAUGACAGAUGAACAACGAUUAUUAUCGAAAAUAUUAAAUGGUUAUGAUACAGCUUCUAGACCGACAUUUAAUGCGUCAAAAAGUGUACAAGUUGGAUUUCAAUUUACAUUGAUACAAAUUAGUCAGUUGGAAUGGAUUGAUGAACGGCUUACAUGGGAUCCUCAAGAUUAUAAUAAUUUGUCCAGAAUAAGAAUACCAUGUCAAAAAUUAUGGUUACCAGAUAUAGUAUUAUAUAAUAGUGCAGAUGAUUAUAAAACAGAUUAUAUGCAAAGUAAAGCAAUGGUACAAUCGAAUGGUAAUGUAUUUUGGCCACCACCAGCGAAAUUACGAUCAACUUGUAAAAUUGACAUAACUUAUUUUCCAUUUGAUGAUCAGUCAUGUACCAUGAAAUUUGGUUCAUGGACAUAUGAUGGUUGGCAAGUGAAUGUUAUUAAAAGGCAUGAUGAAGUAGAUAUAUCGAAUUAUGUUGAAAAUGGAGAAUGGGAUCUACUCAAAGUUGUAGUAGAAAGACAUGAGAUAUUUUAUCCAUGCUGUGAUGAACCAUAUCCUGAUCUACGAUUUACCAUUUAUAUGCGUCGACGUACACUUUAUUAUUUGUUCAAUAUUAUUUUCCCAUGUUUAUGGUUAACAGUGUUAAGUUUAGUGAGUUUUUGGUUACCGCCAGAUUCCGGUGAAAAAAUCACACUUGGUAUAACUGUCCUUUUAGCAUUCAGUGUAUUCAUGUUAUUGAUUGCAGAGAAUAUGCCGGCUACAAGUGAAUUUGUACCUUUAAUUGGUGUUUAUCUUACAGUGACAAUGGCGAUGACAUCAUUGUCAAUUAUAUUAACUGUCUUAGUAUUACACCUUCAUCAUACUGGAUCAAAUCGACAACCAGUGCCUAAAUAUGUAAGAAAAAUAUUUUUUCAUUAUAUAGCCAAAAUAUUAUGUUUAAAUAAUGUACAAAGAUAUCAAAUCAAACGGAAUCAAUCAUUGAAAAUGGCUAAACAUUCAAAAUUGAUGUUAGAUCAAAUUAAAAGUCAAAUUGUUUUCACUGAUAACAACAAUGAUGAUUCUACGAAUGCAAAUCUGAACAUUGAUAAUAACAAUGAUUGUUUCAUCAACAAAACUCCAAUCUCCAAAACUCCAUCUCAGUCAAAUAAAACUUUGUUAUAUCAUAAUUAUCUACCAUCAGAUGUGAUCAGAUCAACUCGAUUAACAGAAAGCAAAAAACCAAUAGUAUUUUCCAAUUAUACAGAAAAAUAUUUCACUACCAAUCAUGAACAAGAUGAUUCCACAAUGAAUGAAUCCACCAUGAAUCGAAUGAGUUCACCCGAUUUGAAUACACUCCAAUCGUCAACAUUUGAACAAACCCCUGUGAAUCAACCUAAAAAUAUUCAUGUUGUUCAAAUCGUCACUGAUACAAAUGACCGGAAAUCGAAUUCAAACAAAAAAUCAACUGAAAAAUUAAUUCAUAGUCGUUUUAAACAUUAUGAAAUGUCAUAUGAUUAUCGAACAUAUUAUACUAAAUCUAGUGAUGAUUUAAAUGAUCAUUUCAAGUCAAUCAAUCCAUUGAAAAAGUCUACACCUCAUUCAAAUAAUUAUCAACCGUAUAAACAAGACGAAUUGCGUCUGUUAAAACAAUUAUCAAAUAUUCUAAUGAAAGCUGAGCAACAACAACAAAUCACACAAAUUUAUUUACAUAAUUUAUGCAAGAAACAAUGUGAAGAACAAUAUAUUUCAGAUUUGAUCAAUGAAUGGCGUAUAUUGGCAGUGAUUGUAGAUCGUUUGUUAUUUUGGUUAUUUUUAGCAAUUGCUGUCAUUGCCACUAUUGUUAUAUUAUUAAUUAUGCCUUUAUUCAAGCCAACUUAUGCAUAA